UGAAAGACCCACUAAUCCUUUCAGCUGCUUGUCCUUUGCAAGGUGCAGAGGGAUAUUUUUUUAGAGCGUGCUCCCAGGAAAUUUGAAUAAACAUGACCACCAAACUGUGGAUUUAUUUUGUCUGUCUGUGACAGGUGGAAGCAAUUUGUAAAAUGGAUUUAUCCAUGUUUUGUUUUGGCAGCCUCCUUGCAAAGAGGGAUCUUAUUCAACGAGUCAACAACAUCGGCCAUCUGAAAAUGACAGAUACAGCUGGUGGCUAAGAACCUUUGCUAUUUUUUUUUUACAUGGUUUACUGCACUGUCUGUGUUAAUGUUUCCGUAAGAAAAGAAAAAUCAUCUUGUACAUCAGAAAUGGGCUGCUCACCAUCCAAAGGUAACAAUUUCGGUACUCUGGGUGUCAUGAGGAAGGGGAGAAUGCUACCCCCUCCACCUCAAGACAAUCCCAAAGAUUCACAAUUUGAAGAUGGAGAAAAUUAUAAUUCAGCUGGAUCAACAAAUGGAGAUACAAAGGAGAAGAAGACAGCUGGGCAAACCCAAGUACUUCAGAAAGAGUCGCACAUGACGCCGCAGAAAAAGAGACUUGAUAUUGAGCAAGUGAAUAUGGAAGCAGUGAACAUAGAUAAGCUGGGGAAUCAAGCAACAGACAACAGCACAGUUUCACAGAGGAAAGAGAAAAACAGUGAAAAGCAGGAUGCAGCAGAGAAAAAGCUUAGCAGAAAACCAAAGAAAACUACCAAAGGUGCAAAAGUUCUUAAAAAGAAAGACAAGGACAAAGACAAACCUUCUGCAGAGCAGAAAGUAGACUUUCCAGAACCCUUAGUAAAAGCUCACCAAGCUGCUUAUGCUUUUUUGAACCCUAGCAUAAACAAAUAUGAUGUUUUGCUUGGACUUUUGGAACAAGCAACUCAAACUCAGGUUUCUGUCAAGCCUAUGGUUGCUUUCAUGGCUCUACGCUAUGAGGAAAUAAUUCAGGGACUGGAAGACAUAGUGGAGGAGGGGGAAAAAUUUUUAAAAGAAAAUGGUGAACAUCUUGCUUGGCCAAGCCAAAUGAAAAAUCUCUCAUCCUCUACCCCUCUGAAGUCUGGCUCUCCUAAUAUCGAACCCCCACCGGAUUUGUUGCAGCAGCUGCUUCAGUACACCACACAGAGAAUGAGAAAUGUGAGCCAGACUGUUGGAGGAGUUGGGGACUGUGCUUUAGAAGAGGCAGUGGACUACUUUGCCUCAGUUUCAGAGCUUUUAGAGGAGAAGCUCAAAGUCAAACGUGCAACAGAGAGCAGGUUAAUGCAACUCUUAUCCCGCAUUGAAACAGCCUCUCUGCACAAGCCUGGGCCAGAGGAUUCAGCUCUCUUUAGUGAGGACAGCGGAAUAGGGGCUGAGAGUGAAUCCCUUGCUGGAUCUGAGAGACGCCAAAGACGAGAGAGUUGUGAGUCUACUGGGACAAAUAGAAAUACUCCUGUCAGUCCUGUGGAAUACACCUCCAUGAAUGUUACACGAAGAGUGUCAAGGCGAAAGCUUCUGAGUCAAAUAAGUCCAAGUGUUUCCCUUACCUCACUCAACUCACUAGGUUCUACAUGUACCAUAAUGGCGAAUGGCCAAGGAGACUCAUUGCUCGGAUCAGUCUCCACAGAGUUUGGGGAGGACAAUGACAAUGACGAUGAUGAGGUGGACAGAGAUACGGGAGAUCUGCAAGAAGCAGGUCAAAAGCAAUCAAAUUCUUCUCCUGUAGACUGUGGGCCACAACGUCUACCCCCAAAGCGAAUCGAAAAUCCUCAAAAUGUAGAAAUGACUAUCAAAAUGAAAAAUGCAAUAAGUGGUAAGAUACAGUUUGUAUCAUCACGAAAUCCUAGUUCUAAAAUAAAGCCAUCAGACAGCCCAAAAAUCAGACGGGACUGGACGGAUGAGGACAUACGAUCUCCAAAGAGGCCUCAAACAGCAGCACCUGUUCGAAAGGCAGCAGUGAAAAAGGCCCCAGUGACUCAACAGCAACGUUCCCGGUCAGCAGAUUCCCUCCGGAGCAAAGGAGAAGAUCCUACUCUACUUGAAUUAGAAAGGACCCAGAAGGAUUUAAACCAGAGACUGCAGAGGAUAAAUAAAAGCAAAGAAGAAAGAAAAACAAGGACUGGUCCUUUAAAACGAAAUCAAGGAAUCUCGCCAGCACAGUCUCCAGCAAUAAAUUGCAAACAGCCCCCCUUGGAAAAGAAAGGCAUCCCCCAACCACCUAAAGACAUGGCAGGCCUUACAAAGUCCAAUAGUAAAAUGCAGGAGGAAACCAGUGAAGAAGAAGAUGAUAAACAAAAAUACAAGAAUACAUCCAAGGGUCCUAUAAAAGCCACCCCACCACCCACCCCUCCUUUGUCACCUCGACCAUCUUCUGGCCUUCACAGAGGCAGGAAUUCAGUCAAAAAACUGAUUGAUACCUUCAGUCAAGGAAUAGAGGAGCUAGAAAGUCCCAAAGUUCUAGGGCCUCUUAAAGGUGUACGGAAAUGUGGCGUUCCAGUGUUACCUGGUUUAGGAAAUGUAGAAGCUGUGCUGACUGCUGGGAUAACUAGCUGCCGGCCUGAACUGACAUCAUCUGAGAAAACAGAUGAUUUAGAUCCGGAUAGUCUUCCUCCACCUGCAAUGGAAGUAUUACUAGACAAUUCCUUUGAAAGUGCCCAUAGUCCAUCAACUAGUAUAACAUCAGAUGGUGCAACAAAAGUGGGAAGGUCACCUUUGUUGAAAAGGGCUAUAAUAUCACAACGAUUGAAGGCCUCGGUUCAGUCAGUGACUGUGCUGCCAAGUAAAGGAGGCUUGCCACAAACCUCCAAACAUAUUUCCCCUGCUAGAGUGGAACAGCAGGACACAUGUACUCUGUCUAAGAUCAGUCAACUAGAUAUUCAACAAGGGGCAGACUCAGAAAUCAAAAAGGAUUCUUUGUAUCACCAACUCAGAAAGACCAUACAGCUAAAACACUCUUCAGACUCUCAGUCAGAGAAAAUGUCAACAAGUUUUAUAGCGACAUCUGUCAAUCAAACAAAAUUGAGAGACAUACAAGAUGGUGGCAACAUUUCAGUGCCUGGAACUAACACCACAGCAUCUUCUGUGCCUGCUUCAGUAGACGCUAGCCAAACACCUGCCACCCCACCUGUGUCUAGAGGACGAAUGUUACCUUCCACACCUUCUACUCCAAGCAGCUUACAUCGACGACUUCCCAAUCCUCAUCAAUUAAAAAAUCAGCCUACUCCACCCUCCUCAGCUAGCCCCUCUGUUAACAGAACACUUCCUACACCACCUGCUGUUCAGAGGAGUCUCCCCAACCCGCCCAUUUCAAAGCAGAACAUUUUGAACUCAAAUUCAGCCUCUUCAUACCCUUUCAAAGCACCGUCUCCUCCAGCCUCACCGAAAGUACAAAGAUGGUCAAGGGAAAACAGCAGUGAAGACUCAUCUAAUGCUAGGACGAUCAGUAAUGCACGUUCAGUCUUUUGUCCCGUUUCUCCAUCCAUGUUUGAAGCCCAGCCUUGUUCAGUACCCCAACCCCCUCAAGCAUGGAUGUCAACCAGAGUUUCAUUCCUCUUACGCACUUUUGAGACUCGUGGGAAGAUUCCUGUAUCUGUCAACAGACCACGGCCCUUUAUCAGACGUAGUCAUUCAGACCGGAGGCAGAGUCUAAGUCUGCCACCACGAACACAACAAAUCUCAGUGGCUGAGACUUGUGGAAGUGAGCCAGCAAUAUGUUCACAGGGGCUAGAUGAUGACCAAUCCAGGGACAAUGACUUAUGGGGUAGCCAAUCAGACCUCAGAACUACAACACGCUCUGCAUCACACCCGGACCUGUGUGUUGUUGGGCAUGCCUUGCACAAGGACUAAAGGGACCAAUGCAGGGCCAGUAGGAUUAUGGAUUAGCAGGUCUUACUGAGGAUUUAAGUCAGUGCUGUUUAUUCCACUUGGAGGAGAGAAAGAACUAAUUCUAUCCACUCUUCUGCUGUAACACACCUUUACAGUGUUUACAACUACAUGUAUUUCAAGUUUUAUUUGUUGGAAUUCUUUCAGUGGUGUGCAUCACUGCAUUCAUGUCUGCACUGUGUCUGCAAAAAAAGGAAAAAACAAAAACAAAAAAACAUUCUAUUGUGUUUCAUGUUUACAUCUGCCUCAGGUUUUAGAAGCAAAAUUCUUAUCACAGAGUUUUUGGUAAGUAAUCACAAGGUUUUAAAUUUCCUUUAGGUUUAUUCAGUUUAGAGGUUACAGCAUUAAAAUUCAUAAAAUCAACAGUGUGUUCAUGUUUUUUUUUUUUUUA